GAAGGCGCUGGCAGGAAGGCGGAAGUGUCGAGACUUCCGGUCAGCGUGGUCUGCGUGCCAUCUGCGAGGUUCUGACUUACCUGCUUUCCAGGUAAAAUAUGGCUAAAAGCUUACGGAGUAAGUGGAAAAGGAAGAUGCGUGCUGAAAAGAGAAAAAAGAAUGCCCCAAAGGAACUCAGCAGACUUAAAAGUAUUCUUAAAAUAGAUGGUGAUGUUUUAAUGAAAGAUGUUCAAGAGAUAGCAACUGUGGUGGUACCCAAACAUUGUCAAGAGAAAACUGAAUGUGCGGUGCAAGAUGAAAAAGAUGACAUGAAAAUGGAGACUGAUAUUAAGAGAAACAGAAAGAGUCUUCUAGACCAGCAUGGACAAUACCCCAUAUGGAUGAACCAGAGACAAAGGAAAAGGCUGAAGGCAAAGCGGGAAAAAGGGAAGGGUAAAAGCAAAGCAAAAGCAAUAAAGGCAGCCAAGGGUUUGGCCUGGUAGACUCUUAAAACCUUGAAAAAUCCUACAUAGGACACAUCUUCGAUUAGAAUGUGUACGUGGAUUUCAACUUUCACGAAAUGAAAACUGUGUUUCCAGAUUUAACUUGGCCUUUUUCUUCGAUUCAAACCCAGCUUAAUGGUUCACAUUUGUUUUGGGAGCUUGAUAAAAUAUUUUCUUUGAUAAUUAAAAGUGACACUGAUGCUUUAAUUGGAUGCUGUCCAAAGUGCAGGGGUUCUCAGACAUCAAAAUUCUAGCAAGUGUUACUGUGGAUGUAAUUGUUUGGUCUCCAUUGAGGUGAAAAAAAGAUACUGACACAUUUGAGCGAAUUCAGGUUUAAAGAAAACUUACACAACUUAAAAUAUGUCAGUGGAUCUUAUAAACACUACUUGUUUAGAGUUCUAAUUUUAAUUCAGAAUAAAAGAUAUUUUGUCUGGA